AUGCAAUGCAAUGUCCGAAAGGCUGCUAGUUUCUUCUCUAACCAGCUCUUCGUUUCUUCUCCACGUCAAUCCAUCCUUAGGAAUCUCGCAACGGCUACUGCGCAACACGCGCCAAUAGACGAGGCGCCAUGCAUGUCCAGUCGCGACAUCACGGGGACUCGUACAAGAUCGGCUGCCGCGCUUUCUCGAGCUGCAUGUCAAGCAAUUCGCGUUUCCUGCAAUACGGGCCGUCUGCAGGACGCUUUUCAUAUUUUAAACUCUAUCCGUUUCAAUAAGGCUGCCGCGGGCAAGGAGCCGAGUCCCCCUGGGGUUGGAAAGUUCGAGCCAAUUCACUUCGACAGGCCGGUCGAUCCUCGACCAGCUUCGCAUGCGCUGCUACAUGGGCUAAUCAGGCAAGGACUUUCGCAGAAGGCAAGCCAGAUGGCUACGCUCAUGAUACAAGAUGGCAUGAAGCUGCGGAGCGUUACGCUCGACGCCCUUACAACUGCUCUUUGCGCGGAGGCUUCGGCCUCGAGAGGUAUUCGAACCCUGCCAUCCAGACUUCGGCAAGGCACUCUUCCUUAUGUUCACCCUCUUGUCCUCAACUCCGCAGCACUCCGAAACGGGUGCCUGAGCGAGGCACUUCGAUUAAUGCAAAAAGCGGAGCAGUACCGCCAACGACGUUCGUCCAACAUGUUCGAGCGGCUUAUCGAAGCUUGUCUUCUCCAAGGCGAGAUACUAGUCGGUUCUUUGCUUUUUGUGUUGCUGGUAAAAGACUGGGAACGCCGUCGGAGUGUGGCGCUUCGAUUGGCUUCUGCGCAAUCACAAGAACACGAACUCCCAGAGGACCUAGUCGCAGAGCAUAUCCUCAUGCAUUCAGAAAACCUUACACCAACACCAAGAUUGCUCAACAGAAUCAUGCGCUCUAUCGACUCAACGCUAUCUCAGGAAUGCGUUGACUCAGAGACUAUCCAACCCGCGUUACAGGCCCUUGCCAAUAUCACGAACCUGCUAGACGAUCGCCGAUUACCUCUCACCAAUAUUUCAUCCCUUAUCCGUUCUUUGUAUCGAUGCCCGCGUGUUGACGACUUAAUAUGGAUUCCUGACAGGAAUGGCGGUCCACCGCGGCAAGUCAACGCCUACAAGUACUUCCACGCAACGCUAAAGCGCCUUAUUUCGGAUCUGCCAACUAGGCCCCUCAACACCAUACGUUUCGACCCCAAGUCAUCGAUUCACCCCAAAUUGCAUGAAUUAGCGGAGUACAAGACCGUGCUCCCGGCGCUGGACCUUCCUUCGUAUAAUGCCCUCCUUCAUUAUACACUCCGUCAUCGUCUCAGCCCUGCCAUGGCAGACCGAGUUUUACGCCACAUGACGGAGCAGCGACACAAACCAUUAGCCCCAGACAUAUCAACAUACAACGUCAUUAUUCGAUCCGGAACUCUUCUACGGAAUAAUUCGCUGGCUGAACGUGUUCUAGAGAUGCUUCGACGCCAGAAGGGAAACACAGACCACGGCAUCAUGGUCAACGCUCCAUGCUCUACCUAUAUCGCGAAGAAGGUCGCAAGUCGCAGACCUGCCACGAAAACACUUCGUUCGUCGCAGGACGAGCUUACGCUACCAUCGAUGUCGUCGCUUACCUCACUGCUGGCUAACGAACGUACCCUCUGCGCGUAUAUUCUUCACCUUGUUGCCACCGGGCGACCUGAAGCUGUUACGCAGAUUCUGUUCCAUGUUUUACCUGGAUUAGCGGCCAUAGAUCACCCCGCCAGAGCCCUAUCAGAGGCGAAUACAACCCGUGCUGUUCCCCAGAAAGUACACGACGGAGCCGCCCUUGGUCCGUAUUUCUUUACAUGCAUCCUACAUGCCCUGCGCAAGGAUGGUCGAACCGGGUUGGCUGAGCGUUUGUGGCUAUAUGCCAAGAAGGCGGAGAGGGCAAGUUGGGAUACCGCGAAACCGUGGUGUCUUCCCACCGCUGCUUAUACGAUCAUGAUUCAGUGCUACGGCGACGAGGCCAAGCGAAGUGCGUCCCGAAGACACGUACGGAGUGCCGCAGAGUCCGCCGCGCAAGGGGAAAAUUCGCUUCCUAGAAGGACUGACAAGGUUCUCGGCUGGGCGCGUUUUGCUCGCCGAGCGAGGGUGCACUACGAAAGCGACCGAGCAGCUAUGGGUUUGCAUAUGGGUCUAUUCCUUUUCAGAUCCAUGAAAGAUGCUGCUGCGGGUGUUUAUGAGCAGUUGAUGAAGCUCCCGAGCAGCCCAGACGUCGUCCAGUUGCAAAUGGAACAUCCUCAGCCGGACGCCAGGCUCUUCAACGCCGCCCUUCGUUUAUGCACCAUACGGAGAAGUGGGCGAAUGCGAGCGCGUUCCCCGACCCAUUACCGACGACGCCAUCGCUUCGCGACUUACUGGCUUGCUCGACUGGGUCAUAAGCAUCCUCAAUGGACACCUGCGUUACAGGAGGUCUGCGAGGCGAUGUCUAGUGCGGGCUAUUCCGUUCCCGUUGGUUUGAGGUACAUCCUUAUUGGGAGAUGGCCUGAAGAGAAUGGAUCUGUGGAAUCAGGGCGACAUAUUGUUGAUAGGCAGCCUUAUGCAUUUCCUCGACAACGUCGGCGUUGGCAUCCACUUAGGUUGUAUACCACAAAAACGAGGGGCUUGCCUCUUGGCCGCAAGGUUGUACAAAUAGCGCGAUAA